AUGGCAACAAUCAUCAUGAAGGCCUCCAUCUCAGCAACACUCAUUGCUGCAGUCGCCCUCUUUGCCUUCACCUCAUCAGUACAAGGACAAGGAACAGUGGCCGGACCCAGACCCGCCCCACAGCCGGGCCAAACCGUCAACAUCCUCUACUCAAACUCGGAAAACAACGACACCGGCUCGGACGACGCCCUAUUCAACGCCUGUUUCGCCUCCGAGACCGCCUUUAAACCCUACGUCUACCUCACUUUCGCACCCAAGAACGCCACCAUCAACUUUUACAAGGACUCGAGUUGUCAAGAGUUUACGUUUGGGUUGAAUGGGUAUUAUGGGGGUUACCCGGGCCAGGCGAGGUCUUUCCGCUGGGUUGGUUGGGCGGAGGAUACGCUUGGGGAGUUGUUUUUGGAGCCCAUUGCUGGGCAGGGAGAGGCUGCGGAUCAUCCUGGAGGACCCGCGCCUAUUGUCGUUACACCACCGCCGACAGAAGGAGGUGGACAUCCUAAUAAUCCACCGCCACCGCCAUUAAAGACCCCGGAUCAGGAGACUGGAGGCGGCAAUGGUCCUACCAAAAGGACACCGUCCUUCUUUGGAGUUCUCUUUGUGGGCAUGGUGGUGCUGUCGAUUGGAGGAUUGAUCUAUUGGAGGACGGCGGGCAAGAAGGAGACCUUGGAUAAGGGCAAAGGCAUCUUGCCGUCCUAUGGCCGUGGAGCGACUCGGGACGAGGAUGAAGACAAUGAUAUUCUGCUGACGACACAUAACAGGAGCCAUGUCAACAAUGACGAUAACUCGUUCUCGAUCGGCGAGGAGGAGGAUUCGGACGACGACGAAGAGGAUCGUCAUCAUGUCCGUCGAGACAACAACGAUGUUGGCGAGGAGGACGAGGAGCAUGAGGAUAUGCGUGAACAGAAGCCACGGGCGGAGCAGCAUGACCGCUACCGUGAUGAUGAUCGCGCAUAA